GUGUAUAUGUGCUUCAUCAACUGACAGUAUGCUACAGACAUUCAUCCUUCUACUGCUCCAGACAGCAUAUGUUUUUGGAUGUGGCACACCUACUGUGAAGCCUGAUACGAACAGGAUAGUGAAUGGAGUGGAUGCUCGGCCCCAUAGCUGGCCUUGGCAGAUCUCCCUGCAGGUGAAGCACGGCAGCCGUUACCAUCACACCUGUGGAGGAACUCUGAUUGGGCCUCGCUGGGUGCUGACUGCUGGACAUUGCAUCUGGCCAGGAGACGUGUACCGUGUUGUCUUAGGAGAACAUGAUAUGAGCCAGCAGGAGGGUACUGAGCAGAUCAGAGAUAUUCUGCGCAUCAUUGUCCAUCCUAAGUGGGAUAUUGACCAUGUGGCUAACGGUAAUGAUCUUGCCCUGCUGAAACUGGAUAAGAGCCCCAUUAUGAAUGACAGCGUUGGUGUGGCUUGUCUUCCGGAGGCUGCAGAGAUCCUCACCCAUGGGACACCAUGUUACAUCUCUGGCUGGGGAAACCUUUACACCCAUGGCCCUAUGCCUGAUAAGCUGCAGCAGGCCUUACUGCCCGUGGUGGAGCACAGUGUGUGCAGCCGCAGUGACUGGUGGGGCAUCAACGUCAAGAGCACCAUGAUCUGUGCAGGAGGAGACAUCGUAGCUGGAUGCAAUGGAGACUCUGGUGGUCCUCUGAACUGUCUGGGUCAGGAUGGUAGGUGGUACGUUCAGGGGGUAACCAGCUUUGUUUCCUCCCGUGUCUGCAAUGAAGUGAAGAAGCCCACUGUCUUCACCCGCACCUCUGCCUUCAUAGACUGGCUCAGUGAAGUCAUGCUGCAGUACUAAGGAUCCAUAGUGUCAAACACCAACAGAACGACUCUGAACCAUAAUGAGGCCCCAGCCCUGACAUCUUUUGUGGUAAUUUUCAAUAUUGACAUCAGAGUCAGAAACAAAGCAAUA